CAGGAGGAAAAAUCGUUACUCGACACCCUGUUUGAGCCACGCCAAGCCGAGCGCCUGAGCGCGGGUUUAGUCAUAGCCGGGCGGCAGUGGGAGAGUAUCGCGCGCUGCUCCCACCACAACAUGUGAUAAACCAGACCAGGCUAUCACUCCAUAUACUAGAUGUGACGCUUAACAGUAACGAGCAGCACGACGCGGAGUAGCAUAUGUGGAGCUGACCAGUGACAAACAUUGAUCGCGGUGCGUGGCGGGACGGAGGAUAGGAUAGAACCACCCACUGAACUGUGCCAGGCUUUAAAAAGUGACCACCGAACCACAAAGAAAGAAAGAAAGAUAGAAUAAUAAAUAGAAAAAAAACACACAAAUAAAUCGAGGUACGAAAUAAAAGCAAGUGAACCAAUUUAAUCACUACCACAACAAGCCUACUCACCCCACACUCGGAAAGACGUGCCGGGGAUCAACCAACCAGGAACCCAGACAACCAAAUAACCAGACUGUUGAUCGAGAGCUUGUCGUGUCAGCCAGAGCCGUGGGUGAGGAGGUGGUGGUGGUGGUGGUCGACAUGAGCCCCUGCAGCACUGUCACGCCCCUCAGCUAGUAUGUGUGUUGAUGCUGACCUGCCGUCCUCGCCUCUCAAGGUGGCGCGCGAGGGUGGCCUGUGCUAUGGGUGAGAACUGGCGUGCAGGAUGGUCCGGCGCGUGGGGCAUGGAGCUUCACCACUCACUCCCCCUCCAGCUCCGCCUCCCCCUCCUCCGCCUCCUCGUCCUCCCCCCUCCAACAUGGCCAUCGUCUCUCUGCUAGUGGUGCUCCUCGGCCUCCUCUCCUCAGGGGCGUGUUCUCAGUACGGGGACGCGGAGCACAUCACGGCCAUCCUUGGGGAGUCUGUGGUGCUGAACUGUCCCGUGUCACAGCCCAAGAUUGCCUACAUCAUACAGUGGAAGAAACAGCACCACAAAAUCCCCAUCUACAUUUGGUAUGAGGGUUACGAUCCCCACGUGGAGGAGAAUUACAAGGGGCGGGCGUCCAGAGUCAACCCGGACACCACCUUCGGCCUCGCCUCGCUCAACCUGACGUCGGUGAAGGAGGAGGAUCAAGGCUGGUACGAGUGUAAAGUAUUCUACCUGGACCGUACCGGCGCCACGGACAACGGUACCUGGAUACACCUUGAUGUCCACGCCCCUCCUCGCUUCACCACCACGCCUGAUGAUGUUACGUACGUCAACAUCGGCGACUCCAUCAUCCUUAACUGCGAGGCUGAGGGGACCCCGAAGCCAGAGAUCUUCUGGUACCGGGACGACAAGACAGUGGAGGCCUCGGAGACGGUGGGCAUCUUCAACGACGGCACCGAACUCAGGAUCAACAAGAUAAGAGACGAGGAUAUUGGUGACUACGUAUGUGUCGCCAGAAACCCCGAAGGACGCGUGCACCACGACGCUAAAGUGGUGAUCGCAGGCGGCGCUGUGAUCGUCAAGCCGCCGCAGAACCAGACGCUACAGGAGGGCGAGAAGGCGGUUCCGUGCGAGGCGAAAGCACUACCAGGGAACGUGACGGUGAACUGGAAGCGCGAGGGCGUCUCCAUUGACAAGCUCUCCUGGCUCGACUCUCGCUCCUUCACCCGCCGCGACGGAGCGCUCGUUAUCAACCCCACCAGUUCCGAGGACGGCGGGUUCUUCACCUGUGAGGUCUCCAAUGGCAUCGGUACCCCGCAGAAGGCCACGGCUUACCUCAACGUGGAGUACCCAGCCCGCGUGACGUUUACCCCCACCGUGCAGUACCUCCCGUUCCGCCAGCAGGGCAUCAUCAAGUGCUACAUCAAGAGCAACCCGCCCAUCCAGUUCGUCACCUGGAUCAAGGACAAGCGCCUCUUUGAUGCCGACAAUGACAGCACGGUGGUCAAACUCAACAACGGCUCGCUGCUCAUCACAAAGGUGAACCAAUCCCACCAGGGCCGUUACAGCUGCACACCCUACAACCCCCAUACCACCGCCGGCGCCUCAGGGGACAUGGAGGUCUUAGUAAGGGAUCCCCCCAUCAUCACCCCGAGACCCCAGCCCCAGUACCACGGCCAGGUUGGGGAGGAGGUGACCCUGGUGUGUGGUGGUCAGGGCUCCCCCACCCCUAAGGUCAACUGGCGCCGACGUGACAGCCACAACCUUCCCCGUGACCGCACCAGCAUCAUCGGCGGCAACCUCACCAUCCGUAACCUCCACAAGAGUGACCACGCAUACUACGAGUGUGUGGUGAGCAACGAGAUCGCCACGCUGGUCACCACCACACAGCUGCUGGUGGAGGGCACCACCCCACACCCUCCAUACAACAUCUCAGCAGAGACUCAGUCCUUCAGCAUCAAACUGUCCUGGCUGCCUGGCUACCCGGGCGGCAAGGACUGGAAGCAGCAGUACAUUGUAUGGUACCGCAGCCAGGGCUCACGCACCUGGUCCCAGGUUGAGGUGAAGCCCACAGGCAGCACCAGUGUCACCAUCUACAACCUGAACCCCGACCAUCCCUACGAGAUCCAGGUGCAGGGCAAGAAUGCGCUGGGUGAUGGCAUGUUCUCAGACAUCAUCACCGUCACCACCAAAGGUGAGAACAGGACGUCAGCGGGGACUCGCUCCUCCACAGUAGAUCCGACCACAACUCCCGUUUAUGAUUAUAGAAUUGUUGUGUUCCCCACUGACUCUUCCGGCGCCACCUACGUCCCCACCAUCCUUAACCCGUCAGGCCCCCAACCUCACCCUCCACGGGAUGUGAAAAUAAAGAAAGCAAAGGAUGGGUCAGACGGGUUCAUUAUCUCCUGGUCCCCUCCAGAAGACACCACUAUUCCAAUUGCCUACUAUGACAUCGAAUAUAAGAUAGAUGGGACUUGGAAGAAGUUGAAUGACGACCAUAUUACUGGUACUAAUUUUAAAGUCAAGAAGCUACAGUCGGGAAAGAGAUACCACUUCCGUGUGUUCUCCAAGACAAUGAAGAGCUAUGCACCCUCUGACGAAGAGGUCUUCGAUGCACCAAUACAGAACAAAGAAAAAGCAGUAACAGCAGCCCUGGUGGGGGGAAUUCUGUUCUUCAUCGUAGCAAUCAUCCUCUCUGUGUGUACCGUCAAGAUAUGCAACAAACGGAAGCGCAGGAAGCAGGAAAAAGCCUAUAAUGCUGUGGCAUGUCGGGUGACAGAUUCAAGAAAUGGAGGCCAAGGGUCCAGCCCGGUCCCCCUAAAGAAGUUACUACGGUGCGGAAUACCAGGUUUAAGGUGGGAGUGGGCGUGGGUAGCCGGCGUGCUGCUCGGGGGCCGCCUCGUUGACUCCACAGACAGCAGACCCUUGGACACCAGCACUACACAGGAGCUGGGUGGCAGGGGACAGGAUGCAGCGGGGAGUUCGGCUGACGAGGACUUCAGGGAGUAUGGCGUGGAGCGCGGCCGCAGGUUUCCCAGGGACGUGCAGUACUCAGUGGAGCUGGAAUACUCCCAGCCCCUCAGCUGGAUCAGCCGCACCAGAGACGGCCGCUUUGUGCUGGACGAUGACAGUGAGGAAGGAGGGUUCACCUCCCCCAGGAGGCCCAUCCGGGGUGUUGGAGGAAGGCCUGCAAGCAGGGAUCAGAGCAGAAUUCCUCCAGAGUGGCCAAGAGAGGAGGUCCGGGGAGUGGAGAGUGGAGUGUACCACGUGCGGGCCGGCACGGCUGGCCGCCUUCACCGGCGCCAACCCCUGCCGCCCCGCCUCAGCCUGCGCUCCGAUGGCUCUGGGGCCAGUGCACAUGAGGAGCCACGGGUAGGGGGCGUUGCCCGGGGGGAGCCACAUGCGGGGCCAGCUGGCAGGCACAGCAUAUUCCACCCGCACACCUCGCUGCAUUCGCCAGAGUUUGGGCGGCACGUCAUACCAGAGAGCCCAAGUGACAGUGUGUGGUCCCCGCGCUCCAGACGCUUCAGAGCUUCCUCCCCCGGGCCACUGAGCUCAGAGUGGAGUCAGCUGGCACAGUUGGCUUCCUUUAGUGAAGUGAGCAGUGUGCAACAACCAUCCAGUGUGGAGCGUUCCUUUCCUUCUACAGUUCUGUCAUCCUUUCCCAACUCAGCCCAGGACACGCCUACAGCCCUGGGCAUCUCGGCCACCCUGCCUCCCCCCCGUCGAGAGGAGCUUGUGGCACCCCGUCGGUACCCAUCUCGCCAGCUGCCGCCUCUGUCCACUUCUCAGCUGCGUCCUGGACAGAUUCUUGUUGGGGCACAGGUUCAUUCUCCUCCGUCACGUUUCCACCCACAGUUCCCAGCCUGGGGCACGCCCUCACACACUCGGCUGGACCCCGCCUGGACCACUCCCAGGCGCCCCACUCGUGUGUGGCCCAUGGCCCGUCCUGUGGGUCACUCUGCCCGACCACCUGGUCGACCAGUCAUGACAGUCUUAGAGUCUGGCCAGCAUGUGCAUGCUCCACCUUUAGUUCGGGAGGCUCUCGGCCACAUCCAGCCCCCGCGUAUCCCAGACAUCCCUCGCCACUAUGUCAAUCUUCCUCCAAGACGUGACACUGAUCAACGAAUGUUGGGGCGGGCCCCCCCCUGUUUGCUCAAACCUUCCUCCUCGGAAAAUCAAAAGCCACUGGCUACCAGCUCGCCCCCCCGCCCCCGUGCCACUCAGGGUCAGCCUGGGGCCCGUGGGCUUGCCAGACCACGACCGCUGCCUCCUCCUCCUCCUCCUCCCCCGACCAGUACAAAGACAAGUAGAGCACCUGAGCCCGUGCCCAGAGCACCGGGCAGGACAAGGGACAGUGACUCCAGCAGUGACCAGCCGGUGACGUACACACGGGAACGCCUGCAGGAGGCCAUCGGGCGGGUGCGCAGUGGCCUUUUUGGAGAGGCGCCAAGAACGAACAGUGCCCCAGAGUUACGUUCUGCAGGAAGAAGCGAGUCAAGGCACACCAUCCGCCAUCACCCCAGAGCUGCUUACGGUGGCAGUGCACCAGAAAGCAGGGAACAAUCCCAUGAACAAUCUCAGGAGCAGUCACCAGACUCUUCUAGUGGGUUUGGCAGCAAAAAUACAUCCCAGCAACAGAGCUCUUCUCAGUCAGGGCAGUCAUUACUAGCACUAGGUCUUGAUUCCUCACGUUUAGAAGCUUCUGAAGCAACAGAAACCGGAGAAGCCCCAGAGCCAGCAGCAGCAGCUCCCUCUGCCUGGGUCCUGGCCGGGCCUCGUGCCCGCCCAACGCCUUGGAUGCGACCGCCAAAUCCUCCGCCUUAUGAAGAGUGGGCAGCUCGGCAAGUUUUGCCACAGUUCCGCAUGCCAGUCCUCACCCGGCCGCCCCAGCCAUACAUAAUACCCAGUGUGUCAGAGCGACGACAGAUGCUGGGGUCUGCCGGCCUGGAUGCCAGCGUGGACUCCAGCAGCUCGGUAAAAGUGUCCCCGCGGCCGCCGCCACCCAUCACCACGCCUCUGCCUCCACACCAGCCGCUGGACGUUAGUGUGGACGAUCACUAUGAAUUUGAUACAGUGUUGAGUCCGACACCUGGGGAGGACUCAGCAGCAGAGUGGUCAAGGAGCCGUGUUCCAUCGGGUGAACGUGGCCUCAGCGACUCUGAGAUCUACGGGUCAGGUGGGCGGCGGCGCCACCAGUCCAUGGAGGCGCGUGUGGCUGCCAUGAAGCAAGAGUUCAAUGAAUACAGAAAAAGACAAGCACGUCGUAGACGAAGUCGAGAAAUGGAAAGUGUGUGCUGAUGGGGACUGAAAUAUAAUAGUGCUUUAAGACAAGACUGCAAAUAAGUGAUGUGAUUAUCAGCCCCAUCUGUGUGUAAGCUUCAGACUUCAUGAGACAAGUGAUUCAGGUGAGGAGAGUAAGGUGAGGCUUGCCAGGCGCUGCCGCCACAACCAGUAAUACUCACUGUAGUGAUGACGCAGCUCCAGCCGCGUCUUGAAAACUGUGCAAAUUGUUGAAUUUUAUAUAUUCCUAUUGGAUCUCUGUUUUAAAAAAGUUCUCUUAACUUUGUAUUGUAGUUAGAGAAGCCCUUUCAUGUGAUAACUACAAUGCCCAAGUGACACGUUCAAGCAAAGUAUGAAGCACAAUUUCUGUCUCUGCUGCAUCACCUUCACUCUCGAGAACACUCAGACUAUCACCUGUUGAGAGUCCUCCACCCCACAACUUGCCAAGUAUCUCGGAUGAAGACAUUCAGGAACAUUUGACAUGCUUUUUCUUUAAGGUUACUUUAGUCUCCUUAUCAUGAUUUCUUUUGUUUUUUCUCAAGAUCUUCAUUCACUGAUUCAGCUGUAAGCUCACCAAUCAAAUAUUCUUUAUAUGUUUUUUAACAGCCACUUUAUUCCCUUGUGAUGUGAUCAUUUGAUUACCAUUGCCUAUUGAUUUAUCCACCUCCUGAUGUAGCCAAUACUAUAUGAAGGUAAUUUUUACCAUCAAUUUCUACCAUGUACUUGUAUAAAUUCCUUUAUCCACCUUGUACAAUAUGCAGCCAUAUCAUGAUAGUGUACACUGACCCAAGUGAAUCUUCCCGUUGUGUUAUGAGCCGGGGGAUCUCUGCAAGGUGCAUUCAUUGUUUUGCAUGAAUUUCUAUAGGCAUCUUGUAGGAAAUCAGUCAUACAGUAUAUCAAUCGUUAUAUAGAUACAUAUAUAUCACUGCCAAUAUGGUUUAGUUUUUUGUAUUCUUUUAAGGAUUUAAUGAAAUGAAAUCUAAUUACUGGUUUGUUUGAUGGCUAUGAUUUUAGGUUUUGUUUGUUUAAGCACAGUUGCAGCUAGGGUUUUUGUCAGCCAUUUCUUAUAUUUUAAAACUACCAGGCUUGUUAUUUGGUUUUUAGCCUCUGGCAUUUUGAAAUAGGAAUAAUUUAUUUUUCCUACCUGGAACCCUCACUGGUUGAAAAUUUCCUUUUUUAUCUUCUGUGGCAAUCUAGAAAUAACGUUCUUCGGUUUGUAAGAAAUUGAAGCGUAACUAAAGAUGAAGUUGGUCAAAUCUAUUUCAAGAGUGUGGUCCACGCUUUCAGAGAAUUGUCAUGUGUAUGAUAGUGGAAGUGUAGCAGAGGUAAGACUUCUUUACUGUUCAAUGCAGCACAAACCCAACUGACAUAUGAAAGCCACUGGGCGUAAGAUACACAUUAAUUACUUCCACACCACCUGCUUGAGCAUGAUGUGGAGUGCUAAGAGAGAGCACCGAAGCAAACAGUAUACCGGUGACAGCUUUGAGAGUGACUCUGACCCUCAGUGCGGUGUGUGGCAGACUGUUCCUCGUGGUGAAGCUGAAGGCAGUGUGUUGCAAGACUCAUGACAUGGAGAAUUACCUGCCCCAAAACCUCUAUUUAUUUCAUUAGCUCUUAUUCAUUUUACUCAUUUAUUGAUAUUUGUAUUUAUUCAUUUGUUUGUUUUAAAAAAUGUGAUAGAAGUUCAGUUUUGUUUCCAUGUUCAUUGAUUUUUCCUAGUCCUCUUUCCUUUAAUGUUUUUAUUAGUUAUGUUUUGUCAUUCUUUAUGUACAGUAUCAAGGAAUUCAUAAUUGUAUUUAAUUUUUCCUCAGAAUUUGUUGACAUUUUCACUUGCCUGAUUCCCUCUGUAAACUUAACCACCUAAUCUUCAAAACACUUCACUUUGAGUCAUUUCAUCCUGAUAGUUUCUUUUCAAAUCAUCAGUGUUUCUUUUUUUGUUAUAUUUCAUGGUUAACAUCUUCUUUCAGAAUAUGUAUUAUGAACUGUAUUUUAAAGUGUUCAUUCUUCCUGAUCAAAUCUCAAACUUCAUGAGGAGAGACACUUCAUAGUUACCAAAAACAUGCAUACCUUCACCAGAGAAAGCAUACAUACAUACAUACAUACAUACUACUACAUGUAUCUUUGGAAUUGUUACAUCAUUUUGGGUUGGUUUUCCGGCACAGUGAAUAUCAUUAUUCGCCAUAUGAAAAUAAUAAUUAUAUAUAGAUACGUAGACUGUAUUACAUUGUGGAGUGUUGGUGUUCUUGUUACAUAAUGCAAAUAGGUUUUCAAAUAUUGGAUUAUAACUGGUUAUGAAUUUCAAAAUGGAGAAAGUGUUAAUAGGGCAUUGUUUUGUUUUAUGUAUUCUAUUGUGUUCCACUCAACAAUAGCAGAAAGUGCUUUUAUGUAUCAGGUUGUUUGAUGCUGCCUAGCUGGUGUUCAGCAGAUCUUUUAGUCAGUGUCACUGCCAUACUUAGGUUUAAGUUACACUUGGUUUCACCCACUCUGUAUGACUCUAAUUGAUUAGAUUGGAAGUUAACUAGUCUCUGAUUGCAAGAGUGGAUUGGACAAUCGUUAAGUGAUAUAUAAUGUAUAUUAAUUUUAUUUGUUGCAUUGCAAACUCUUCACAAUCUUACGUAAACCCGUAGUAGAGCUGUACCUGAAUACAGAACCAAAGUCUGAGAGGCAGAAGGUGACCUCAGCCUCCCAUGGUUUUAUUUUGUUAUUUUAUGUGUAGAAGGACGGUGGUGCAAGUUAUUUAUUUUUACUGCAGCAUAGACACUACAUGUACACAACCUCUCUCACACACACACACACACACACACACACACACACACACACACACACACAACUAAAUUAAUUUUCAAAGUUUCUUGCUGAAUACAUUAGCAAGAUUGUGAUGAGACACUUCACAAAAUUAUGCAAAAUAAAGAAAAAAUUAGGACAUGUAUAUUUCUUAAGUUUAUUUUAAUAAAAGUACAAAUAUGUAA